AAGAGACCGUCAUGUCAUGUUGAAGUUCAUAACAAACUCUACAAACUCCCACUGCUCUGUCCUCUUUGUAUACAUAUGGCUAUCUCAGUUCGUCAUCUUCUCUCACUCCUCACCUUCCUACUUUCUCUCUCAUCUUUUCUCAUUCCUUCUCACUCCUCCAUAGACUCCUUUGUCUACGGAGGCUGUUCACAGAUCAAAUACAUCCCAAACUCACCAUACGAGUCAAACCUCAACUCACUCCUCACCUCCCUGGUCAACUCAGCCACCUACUCAUCCUACAACAACUUCACCAUCACAGGGUCAACCCCACAGGACUCUGUGUACGGACUCUACCAAUGCCGAGGUGACCUGGCCAUGCCAGAUUGUGCCGCUUGCCUGGCUCGCUCGGUGAGUCAACUCGGCGCGCUGUGCUCGCAGUCCUGCGGCGGGGCUGUACAGUUACAAGGGUGCUUCGCCAAGUACGAUAACACUACCUUUAUGGGCGUGGAGGACAAGGCUGUGGUGUUGAAGAAAUGUGGGCCGUCGAUUGAUUAUGAUUCGGAUUUGAUCAACGGUAAGGAUGCGAUGUUGGAUAGUUUGGGUGGGGCUGGUGGGCCAUACAGGGUGGGUGGAUCCGGGGAUGUACAGGGUGUGGCCCAGUGUGUUGGGGAUUUGAGUGUGAGCGAGUGUCAGGAUUGUGUGAAGGAGGCGAUCGGACGGUUGAGGAGUGAUUGUGGGAAUGCAGUUUAUGGAGAUGUGUUCUUGGGCAAGUGUUAUGCAAGGUACUCCACUAGUGGAGCUCAUCUGUAUUCCAUAUCUCAUAAAGAUUUUUCCCACAAUGAGGGUGAGAAGACAUUUGCGAUUAUCAUUGGAUUAUUAGCCGUGGUUGCUCUACUCAUCAUUUUCUUAAUUUUCAUAAGAAAGGUGUUUGGGUCAAAUGGUAAAUAAAUUACAAGAAGGAAUCCUACCUUCAGGCCUCAUCCUCUGAUUUGCUUUUUGGCUGCCUUUCUAUUUCUUGAUGUUGUCAACUUGGCUUUUUUAAUUUUUUUUUUUUUUUUUUUUGUUAAUUAGAAUUUCAUUACAUUUCUUUCCAAAAGGAGAUUAAAAGGGAAGGAAAGGAAAGGAAAAGGAGGCUAAGAUUCCACCCUCCUCUCCACUUGACAAUUAAAGUUGUCUUGUCUUAAUAUGAUCAAAAAAAUGCAUGGCAUUUUCUUUUUUCUGUAAAGUUGCAGAUGAUGAUUCCUUCAUGAUGUGUUAGGGUUGCUUCUUCAUCUAUUUACAUGGUCCUAUUAUUGCA